AGGAAUCAGUUCAAGAGGCCAUCUUUGCUCUGUCCUUUUGAACUGCACAACUGUCUCUCGUGCGAUGUGUGUGAUGUGAAAUCCAACGUAGAAGGGGAAAAAUUUCUAGACACUAGGGUAUUUCGUAUCGAAAAUGGGUGUAUGGUAAAAUGGAAAUUCAAAGUACUAAUAUAAUUAUGCCUGUUAAAGACAAUAAUCAUUUAGAAAAAAUAAAAAUAUAUUUAAAUAAAUGAAAAUAACAAGAUUGUAUUGGAUGCAAAACUGAACUGACUCUGCGAUUUCGUCGAGAGUUAGGCAGGAGUAGACAUAAUCUUAGUUGAAGCGCGAGAGACUUCAAGUCCCGGUGUAAAUGGCCCCAUUUUCAGGUCAACUGAUAGUACUAGGCCGGUAUGUAUCCAACAUGCGUACAGGUCAUCUCAAUAUCCAUUCCUCGUGUGCCCCACUCCUAAAAGUCACAGAUACUCUUUAGAAAAAUAUCCUACAUAAACAAUAUACCAGAUGUUUAACCAAUCACAUUCGAUCAUUUUUGAAUCUGCGGCUGCUGUAUUGCGAUUGGUGGAAGAACCCAGUGCACACUAGUUUGACAAUUCAUAAUGCUCCAACUUUUGUAUAAAAUAUCCAUCACUAGUUUGGAGUAGAAUUAUUAUCUAUUUGAUUGAAAACUGAGAGACAUGUUUCGCUGAGUGCAUCACAGUCGAUCGGAACUCCUGGAUCAUUCCCUCACAGCAAAGAUUAUUCACUAAAAGAAUGAUGAGCCUGAUGCUAAAAAUAAAUAAAAAACAUUCGAGGAAAUAACUGUAUAAGGAACUGGAACAUACAUGCUCACUACCCUCUGGAAUUUCAAUUGCAGAGAUGAGCAAAUAAAAUAAUUUUUCUAUUCAUAUUCAGUAGUGAAAAUAGAUUAUCAUGAGUCGACUUUUGAACUUGUAUAGAAAUCUUCUCAGUAAAUAUCCAUUGCGGAUGCAAGCUAUCCAAGCAGGUGCGUUAAUGGCUGUCGGUGAUCAAAUAGCCCAGAAUUUCGUUGAAAAACGUAAAUUUGAAGAUAUCGAUUACAUUCGUACUGCGAAAUUCUAUGCAAUCGGAUUUUGUAUAGGUGGCCCCGCAACCUAUACGUGGUAUGGAUUACUAGAUAAACACAUUGGUUCAAAAGGCGGUCUUGUAGCAAUGAAAAAAGUUGCUUGCGAUCAACUGUUGUUUGCGCCGUGUUUCAUCGGUGUUCUCCUCAGUGCAGUUGGCUUCAUGCAAGGCAACAAUGUUAACAGUAUUCGAGAGAAACUUCAGAGAGAAUAUUUAGAAAUUCUGCGGAAUAACUACAAGGUGUGGCCCAUGGUACAAAUGAUGAAUUUUGCUUUCGUACCACUGCAAUAUCAAGUUCUUGUUGUACAAUCAGUCGCAGUUUUAUGGAAUUCUUAUGUUUCUUACCGUACCAAUAGAGAUGUAGCUGAUAAUCCGCAUUCAUGAGAGUAUUCUUAUGAAUGAAGAAUUCAACUAGAUGAAAGAGUGAUUGAUGUUGAAUGAUUGGUUGAACAGGGAUGACUAAAAAAAGUAAAUGAAAAUUUUUUGAUACUUUAAUCUAGCCAAUCAUAAUAUAAAUAGUGUUUGCACAUAAAAAUGUUUUUAUAUUGAUUAAUAUCAUAUGUGUAGUAGUACACAUGGAAACAAUAAUUAUUUUCACUAAAUGCAAUCACAGAA